AUGGCUGAGUCAACAAGAAAGAAGCAGGAUAUUUAUCUUCUAGGCCAGCCUCUAAAAACUGCCAUUCUGGGUAACAAAUACAAGAAGAAUUUUUACAGAGAAUUUUUGCUGGCACAAAGGGAACCGGGACGGCGUGGUUAUAUGAGUGGUGUAGAUAAAAAUCUGGCGCUGAAAGAGGCACGCUCGUAUGAAAGGAAAAGAAGACAGGAGAACUACAAAUUAAAGUCAGUCCAGGCGCAGGAAGAGAUCACUGCCGGUGCAUGUUCAGCUGAAAUAGAGCACAGUUCCAGUGAUUCAUCGUCAGAAUGUGAAUCAGAAGAAGACAGCAUUACCAAACGUGUCCAGGUAAAACGAAGUAGGAAAAGCUUCGAUGUCCCGUCCACAUUGUGCAACGUUCCUUUGGCUGUCCAUUGGGAUGGAAAGCUCUUACUUGAUUUGACCGGUAAUCAGAAAGUUGAUCGUCUUCCCAUUGUUGUUGCAGGAGCGGGAGUUGAAAAGCUCUUAUCAGUUCCAAAACUAGAAUCUGGUACAGGGGAAAGACAGGCUACAGAAGUGCACGAAUGCCUCUUAGAAUGGAACCUAGAGGAGUCUGUUAAGGCAUUAGUGUUCGAUACUACAGCGAGUAAUAGUGGAAAGAAAAAUGGAGCAUGCACCCUGCUGCAACAAAAAUUAGGGCGUAACGUGCUUCACAUAGCUUGCCGUCACCACAUAUCUGAAAUAAUACUUGAGCAUGCGUUUUCUGCAUGCAUGUCGUCUAAUACGUCAGGUCCAGAAAUAGCACUCUUCUUGCGCUUUCGAAAUGAGUUCAACAGCAUUAACCAAGCUGAUUACCAUACAAUUAUGGAUGAUGAAAGCUUGAACAGCAAAGUUGAACAACACAAAGAAGGUAUCGUUAGCUUUUGCCUAACGCAACUUGAACAAUUUCAGCCAAGGUGCGAUUACAGGGAACUACUGGAGCUUUCACUUAUUUUGCUGGGAGAGACACCGCCAAGGGGAGUCAGAGUUUUGCAACCUGGAGCUCUGCAUAGGGCACGCUGGAUGGCGAGACUAAUAUACGCCUUCAAAUUGUACAUGUAUCGUCAUCAGUUUCUGCUGACAAGAGUUGAAGAAAAGGGAAUCUGUCGAUUCAUCGUUUUUGGCAUCUGUGUGUAUCUUAGAUCGUGGUUCACGGCUCCAGAUCUUCUUAGUGCCGCUAGACAUGAUCUCCAGCUGGUAAAGAGAAUCCAACAAUUCAGAGAUGUAGACCGUGAAGUUUCUGUUGCCGCUGCAAACGCACUUUCUAGACAUCUAUGGUAUGUUAGCGAGGAACUUGUUGGAGCUGCGUUUUUCGAUGAUCAGAUUUCUCAUGAGGAGAAAGUGUUGAUGGUUGAUGCUCUGUCAGCGGUAUCAAAAACAACCAACGACUUCACCAAAAGAGUGCAGAUGAAUGUUAAUGAUAUAUCUGAUGAAAUGUCUGUCAAAGACUUUGUUGUGUCUUCGAAUACCAUGCAAUUCUUUGCAAUCCUCGGACUGCCUCACUCAUUUCUAAACAAGACACCUUCCGAGGGGAGAGAAGAUGAACAGUACAAGAAAGCUUUUGAAGUUGUAAGCGGUAUAAAGCCAGUCAAUGAUUUUGCAGAGAUGCAGGAUUUUAACAGAACAAUAGUAUCGUCUGAAGAACAAAAGCAGUAUGUUCUGCAAGUUGUUGAGUACCAUCGUACCCAGUAUCCAAACCCAAAGAAAGAGACAUUAGUGGGAGGAAAUACAUCUCCUUAA